CGUGUUCUACUUUUGACCAGGAUAGGAGCACUGGGCAGCAGAAGUUCUGCUCGCACCUCCACACAGGCACCUCAGACGAGUGGAGUCUGGCCUCUUCCUCCACGGUCAUACAAGUACACACUGAGCGGGUGUUCUCCUCUAAAGCACGGACAGGAUUUUUAGUUUACAACCUAAAGCACAGGCACGUAACUUCUAAUAUUAGGGGUUAGAGGGAUAAGUGUAAAAGAUGGCGACUGUUGUUGAGACACAGGUGCAGUAUAACACCUACACAAUGACUACUACGGAAGACUACAUGACUCAGGAGGAUGACUGGGACAGGGACCUUCUGCUGGACCCUGCCUGGGAAAAACAGCAGAGGAAGACGUUCACAGCGUGGUGUAACUCUCAUCUGCGUAAAGCGGGAACUCAGAUCGAGAACAUUGAAGAGGAUUUCAGGAAUGGCCUCAAACUCAUGCUGCUGCUCGAGGUCAUUUCAGGUGAGAGACUUCCCAAACCUGACAAAGGAAAGAUGCGUUUCCACAAGAUCGCCAACGUCAACAAGGCUCUGGAUUUCAUCUGUAGCAAAGGAGUCAAACUGGUGUCCAUCGGAGCUGAAGAGAUUGUUGAUGGCAACGUGAAAAUGACUCUUGGAAUGAUCUGGACCAUCAUUCUCCGUUUCGCUAUCCAGGACAUUUCUGUGGAGGAGACUUCUGCUAAAGAGGGUCUGCUACUGUGGUGUCAGAGGAAGACCGCCCCCUACAGGAACGUCAACGUACAGAACUUCCACAUCAGCUGGAAGGACGGCCUCGCUCUGUGCGCCCUCAUCCACAGACACAGACCAGACCUCAUCGACUACUCUAAACUCAGAAAGGACGAUCCUAUUGGAAACCUGAACACUGCAUUUGAGGUGGCAGAGAAAUACCUGGACAUCCCAAAAAUGCUUGACGCUGAAGACAUUGUUAACACCCCUAAACCUGAUGAGAAAGCCAUCAUGACCUACGUGUCCUGCUUUUACCAUGCUUUUGCUGGUGCCGAACAGGCUGAGACGGCUGCUAACAGAAUCUGUAAGGUUCUGGCUGUGAACCAGGAGAACGAAAGGCUGAUGGAAGAGUAUGAGAAACUGGCCAGUGAGUUGUUGGAGUGGAUUCGUCGUACCAUCCCAUGGCUGGAGAACCGCGUGGCAGAGCAGACCAUGCGUGCCAUGCAGCAGAAGCUGGAGGACUUCCGGGACUAUAGGCGCGUCCACAAGCCUCCACGUGUUCAGGAGAAAUGCCAGCUGGAGAUCAACUUCAACACCCUGCAGACAAAACUCCGCUUGAGCAACCGCCCGGCAUUCAUGCCCUCCGAGGGGAAGAUGGUGUCGGACAUCGCUAACGCGUGGAAAGGUCUAGAGCAGGUAGAGAAGGGUUAUGAGGAAUGGCUCCUCACCGAGAUUCGUCGUCUGGAGAGACUCGAUCAUCUGGCAGAGAAGUUCAAGCAGAAAUGCUCCUUGCAUGAGUCCUGGACCACAGGAAAGGAGCACCUGCUGUCUCAGAAGGACUAUGAGACAGCCUCUCUGAUGGAGAUCAGGGCACUCAUGAGAAAGCAUGAGGCAUUUGAGAGCGACCUGGCCGCCCACCAGGACAGAGUGGAGCAGAUUGCAGCCAUUGCUCAAGAGCUGAAUGAGUUAGACUAUCAUGAUGCCGCUACAGUGAACGCCCGCUGCCAGGGCAUCUGUGACCAGUGGGACAACUUGGGAACCCUUACCCAGAAGAGGAGGGACGCUCUAGAGCGUGUAGAAAAACUUUGGGAGACAAUUGAUCAGCUGUACCUGGAGUUCGCCAAGAGGGCGGCGCCCUUCAACAACUGGAUGGAUGGAGCCAUGGAGGAUCUACAGGACAUGUUCAUUGUGCACAGCAUUGAGGAAAUCCAGAGUCUGAUCACAGCUCAUGAUCAGUUCAAGGCCACCCUGCCAGAAGCCGACAAGGAGCGCAUGGCCAUCAUGGGCAUCCAGAAUGAAAUCACAAAGAUCGCUCAGACCUACGGCAUCAAGCUGGUUGGAGUCAAUCCAUACACGGUUCUCGGCCCACAGGACAUCACCAACAAAUGGGAUGCUGUGAAGCAGCUGGUUCCCCUUAGAGACCAGAUGCUACAGGAGGAGGUUGCCAGGCAACAGGCCAAUGAGAGACUGAGGCGUUCAUUUGCCGCUCAGGCCAACAUCAUCGGACCCUGGAUUCAGACCAAAAUGGAGGAGAUCGGUCAUGUGUCGGUGGAUAUUGCCGGCUCUCUGGAGGAACAGAUGAAUAAUCUGAAGCAGUAUGAACAGAACAUCAUUAACUACAAAUCCAACAUUGACAAACUGGAGGGAGAUCACCAGCUCAUUCAGGAGGCCCUCAUCUUUGACAACAAACACACUAACUACACCAUGGAGCACAUCCGUGUGGGAUGGGAGCAGCUGCUCACCACCAUCGCUCGCACCAUCAACGAGGUGGAGAACCAGAUCCUGACCCGCGAUGCCAAGGGCAUCAGCCAGGAGCAGCUCAACGAGUUCAGAGCCUCCUUCAACCACUUCGACAGGAAGAGAAACGGCAUGAUGGACCCCGACGAUUUCCGCGCAUGUCUGAUCUCUAUGGGUUACGAUCUGGGUGAGGUGGAGUUCGCCCGCAUCAUGACCCUGGUGGACCCCAACAACACGGGCGUGGUCACCUUCCAGGCCUUCAUCGACUUCAUGACACGUGAGACCGCUGAAACCGACACUGCUGAACAGGUCAUGGCCUCCUUCAAGAUCCUGGCUUCCGACAAGCCCUACAUCACUGUGGAAGAGCUUCGUCGUGAACUCCCACCUGAGCAGGCCGAGUACUGCAUCAGCCGCAUGACCAAGUACGUCGGCCCCGAAGGGGCCCCUGGAGCCCUGGAUUACAUCUCCUUCUCCAGCGCCCUCUACGGAGAGAGCGAUUUAUAAAUGCUCUGAAUGCUCUUUCUUUUUCUUCUUCUUUCCUCUCAUCUUUCUCUCUCCUCUCGUUGCCCAAAUGUAGCUUUCAAUUUGCAAGAGAGUUAAUAAUAUCCCUCGUUUCCCCUCAUAAAUAUUCUGUUUUUCUGUCUACAGCCCACACUGCUAGCUUUAAUGUCAUGUAUCUUACAUCCACCCUAUAAACAGAGGGAUGUAUAACAGGGGGGUUUUAGUCUCGCCGUCACUCAAAUUAUGUAUAAUUUGGAGGUCUCCAAAAACCCUCCCAUAUGCAUCUCAUAUGAGUCAACAUGGAAUCAAAAAUGGCCCUAUUUACCUUUGUAAUUCACGUUAAUGGUCUUAGUACAUGCCACGCCAAAGAAUGUCUUCAUAAUCUUUCAUUAAAAUAUAACUUGCCUCUGAAACGACUGUUUCAGAUGAUGUUAUCUAGGCCAGCAAUUAAUUGAAAAAUAGCUAUUUAGCCAUUUUUUAGGCUUUGGAUUUAUUCUGGAUAUGAAACACUUUUCACCAUCCUGCUGGAUAAAAUCAAGUCCUGCCCUACAUUAUAAAAGUAAAAUGGGUUGUGAAUGCAUUUCAUGUUGACUUUAGCACACUAAGUCCAACCUUCCCUCUCUGUGCCUAAAAAAAAAACCUUCCAAUAUGAAAAAGAUAUAUUAAAAAGUGUGUUUGUUGAUGCUAAUGUGCGCUUGUGAAGAUGCAUGCUGCGUUUAUUCUACCUACAUUAAUAUGCGAAAGAGCCCCCCCCCCCCCCUCUUGUUAGGUCUGUACUGUAUUUUUAAGACCCCAAAAAGCACUACUGCUGUCCAGUGUCUUCUUAAUAUGAAACUGUGAGAACAACUGAAUAGUCUCUACACAGAACGUCAUGUCUCUGUAUGUUGUGUUGUCAUGUGUCACCCCUUAAUACUGUUUAUGAUGUAAGUCUUCACUGAUUGUGAUGUUCAGAGGCAAAUUCAUGAUUUGUUUUCUUUUAUUUGGAGAGUAUGUGCCAAAUUAACAACCAAAGCCAGUAAAUGAACUUAAAGAUGUUAUGGCAAAGUGUAUGUGUUGUACUGAACGGAAAGGUUUCUGCUAGCCAAAGUGCUGAACUAGAACCAGGUUUGCCUAAAAAAGACAUUUAAAUCCGGGUCCGUGCAAGAUGGAUUCAUUAAAUAAAAGCAUGGAUAUCGUUGCAGUUAACCACCCCUCUGUCUGAAUUUUAAGUCUUAUGUACACACAUCUGUAAUUUAAAGAGAUAGACCACUCAAAAAUAAAGUUCUGUCAUCAUUUACUCACCCUCAUGUCGUUCCAAACCUGUGCGGAGUCUGUUAUGGUGUCCGUACUACUCCAGGUUUUCUGAUGAUAUACGUCAGCUUGUAAAAACAGGCAUUAAAAUUAGUUUAAAGACCCGUUCACACCAAAAACGAUUAGCUUUCACACACCAACAUAUGAUAACGUUCUGCGCGCGUUGCCUUUAUGUCUUCUGCCGCUUUAAAUACUCGCGCUCUUUUAUGCCGGCUGGAUUCUGAUUGGCUGUAAAUGUUUUAAUUUUCAUCAGCUGGAAAAAAUUCAUUCUGAAAAAGAAAAAUCCACUGAUACCUUUACUCUGUGUCGUUGACAUCAUAAUUGUGGUGGGGAUAUUCUCAUAGAAGUAUAAUGGUUUUUAAAAAUUUAUAGUUAGCUGUCGUCAAGAUGAGAGAGAGAGAGGGGCCUACUGUAUAUUCUGGAUUUAAAUGCGAGUAAAUGGUGACGGUUUUUAAUUUUAGAGUGAACUAUUCCUUUAAGAGCACAGUGUCGUAAAUAGAAAUGGUCUCCGGUUCUUUUAAAGGGAAGUUUUGGAAUGUUCUGGAAGUUUUGAAAGGAGAUGGAAGGAUUUGAUGCCUUCAUCCUCAGGCAGGCCUUGACGUUACUUAAGGAUUUGGUUUAGUUUCUAUUGGCGAUAUUCAAAUAAUUUAAUUUACAGAUGUUGUUUCUAUCCAUCAUGAUGUGAUUUCUGGGUAAAUACAGCCUAUUUCACUUCAUUAUGAUCACCUCUUUGUCUGCUAUGGGUAUCCAUCAACAUUUGCUUUUCAAACACACAGUAUUAAAAGUAACCCCAGAAUAAAACAUCUCAAACUCUA